AUGGAUCAAACUUUAUUUCCGUCCGACCAAGAUUAUGUCUAUGAAAGAAAUGCAAAUUCACUAGAUAAUAACCUAUUUAAUGACAUAUUCACUCAGUUCAUUGAACGCAUCAAAGCCAAAUGGCAUGAAACUCCCGAACAAUUAUUGCGCGACUUUUUGUGCCAACGUAACAAAGACGUUAAGAAAUUAAAUAAGCGGGGAAUUACGGCCAAGAAAGUUAAAGCAAUAUUGUGGCAUGAUGCAUCUGCUAUGUUAUAUAGUAACUAUUUUUUCUACACACCAAAACAAUGUGCGAUCAAAUAUAAGAAUAUUAGACAGAACGAAAAAAAAAGGGUUAACCGAAAGCUUUGUAUGAAAUAG